AUGGUGGAGCGGGGGGACGAGGCGCCGCUGCUCUUCUGGGCCGAGGGCCCGGCCGUGGGGGCGCCGCCGGCCGCGGCCGAUGCUGGAGGAGGCGGAGGUGGAGGUGGAGGAGGCGGCGGGCGGCGCCUGGCCGGCGGCUGGAGCGCGGCGCCGUGGGGCGGCGCGGAGGCGGCGGGGCCGCCGCGGGCGGAGGAGGACCCGGACCAGAUCGUGGCCGUCUUCGUGGUCACCUUCGACCCCCGCACGGGCAACAUGGUGGAAUGGUGUUUACCUCAAGAUAUCGAUUUGGAAGGCGUGGAAUUCAAAUCCAUGGCAAGCGGGUCCCACAAAAUCCAGUCAGACUUCAUUUAUUUCCGGAAAGGGCUCUGUUUUGGCCUGGCCUGCUUUGCCAACAUGCCCGUGGAGAGCGAGUUAGAGCGUGGUGCCCGCAUGAAGUCCGUGGGGAUUCUGUCCCCUUCUUAUACCCUGCUCUAUAGGUACAUGCACUUCCUGGAGAAUCAGGUCAGACACCAGCUGGAGAUGCCAGGGCACUACUCCCAUCUAGAGGCAUUCUAUGAUGACAAGAAAGGAGUUCUCCCUGAUGGCAAGGGCACUGCCACAUCCCAGCAGCCUGUCCACUGGCUGCCGUCCAUCCACAGAUACAUGUACCCCGAGAUGAAGAUCACACACCCUGCUGGCUGUAUGUCUCAGUUCAUCAAAUUCUUUGGUGAGCAGAUUCUUGUCCUCUGGAAGUUUGCCCUGCUGCGCAAGCGCAUAUUGAUAUUUUCACCGCCCCCAGUUGGAGUUGUCUGCUACAGAGUGUAUUGCUGCUGUUGCCUUGCCAACGUUUCUCUACCUGGUCUUGGAGGAACUGUCCCGGAGUCCAAACCGUUCUUCUAUGUGAAUGUGGCAGACAUAGAAAUGCUAGAGACAGAAGUAUCGUAUGUGGCCUGUACAACAGAAAAGAUCUUUGAGGAGAAACGGGAUCUCUACGAUGUCUAUGUGGACAACCAGAAUGUGAAGACACAUCACGAGCAUUUGCAACCACUCCUGAAAAUUAACAAUGCUGACAAGGAGAAGUACCGACGGCUCAACGACCAGAGGCAGAUGUUAAUGUAUUCUCAAGAAGUGGGUGAGGAUUGUAGCUCGUGUGAAGAGGACCUUUUCAUCUUGUUUUUCAUGGAGCAGAACAACCGGAUAUUUCAGACCCUGAUGGAAGUGUCAGCCAGCCAGGACAAGACGCUGACAGCUGACCACGCACGAGGCAUGGGUCUGGAUCCCCAAGGGGAUCGAAGCUUCCUUAUGGACCUCCUGGAAGUGUAUGGCAUUGAUGUUAUGCUAGUCAUUGACAACCCCUGCUGCACUUAAACCAAGGCCCAGAGAGAUGGGGAACAAAGACAACUUUUUAAAGACUAUCAGACAUUGCUUAGGAGCAUCACUGGAACUCACCACAGCCACUGGACAGAUCUCGUUUUAUUUAAUAACUUUAUAUGGAAAGUAUUUAUAGUUUUACAACAAAAUGUGAUUUUAUUUUUACCACCUUGAUUUCCCCAAGAAGCACCUGCUUCAUUUUUUUUGUUGUUGUUGUUUUCAUCUCCCCUUCUUUCUCAGUUCUGGUUUUUUUUUUGUUUAGAUAGGACCAGUGGCACCUCUGCACCAACCCUCACGGGUGCCAGUGAUAGCUAAGUUUUGGCCUAGUCUGGAUGCCUG